GUGUGGAUUCGCAAACAAAAGUGCGUCAUUACAGCACUGCGGGACACUCGGAACGGGGCUGUGUUUUUGUUUUUGGUAAACUAAAUCCUGUGUGACUUUACUUGGCUUUGUUUUUUUGCAUUUAUUAAAAGCUAUGGUGAAGAUAGCGUUUAAUUCCGCUUUGGCGCAGAAAGCGCUUGUGAAAGAUGUGCCGGUCUCAGAAAAGGACCCAGAGACAGGGUCCAUGUACAGCGGUGAGAGUUCCACAGGCCGCUGUUUGCUCACGUUGCUUGGCCUGGCUUUCAUCAUCUCAGGCCUCAUUGUUGGUGGAGCCUGUGUGUACCGGUAUCUUUCACCUAAGAAGCUCUAUCAUGGAUCCAUGCAGUUCACAGAAAUGGACAGUGCUGAUAUGCCCAUGGACAUGGAGGCCCAUGCACCUUACUACCUACCCCGUGUUGAGGAGGACGUGGAGAUCCGUGACAACGUGGCCUUCAUUAAUGUCCCUGCUCCCCGCUUUGGGGCAGGAGACCCAGCUUACAUCCUGCAUGAUUUUAAGAGGAAGCUGACCGCGUACUUGGACCUAACACUGAAGACUUGCUUUGUGAUCCCUCUCAACACCACUGUGGUGAUGAUGCCCCAGGACCUCUUGGAUUUGUUCUUGCAGCUCAUGUCUGGCUCGUACAAGACUCACUUGGUGCAUGAAGAUCUGGUGGUUACUGAGCGCAUCGAUGACCUCGCUCCGUUGGGUUAUUAUAUCUACAGCUUGUGUGAGUACAGGCCAACAUACAGGAUGCAGCGCCGCAGUGAGAUAAUAGGCCUUCAGAAGCGCUCGGUGGAGGACUGCCGCAUAAUCCGCCACUUUGAGAAUAAGUUUGUUACCGAAACAAAGAUCUGCCAAGCGUAAGCAAGCAGGAAGUCAGGAGAGGACAGACAUCUCCCUUUUUGUUGCAGGGUAGGGAGAAGUGAAGUGAGCUGAAAGAGGAACCAAGGAAAUGCUGAGAGUAAAGGGUCUGUCUUCCAACUCCUGCUUUGGCAUAGGGUGUUUUGGAUUAAUAUUCUCCCACAUGAGGUGUAGUGAUUUAGCUCUCCUAAAGCAGUUUGUGAUUUCUUACACCGUGUUUCCCUCUACAGCUUGACUACAGCUCAAUACUUGUUUUUUAGUGCGUGCCUUUGUUUCUCUGUAGCCAUUAUUUUGCAGAUAAUGAUUUGUGAACCUGUGCAAAAUGUUAACCUUGGUAAACCUAAGUUAAUGAUUUUUCUUUUUUUCCAGCAGAAGUAACACUAUCUAGGCACAUGUUGAUACAGCUCUAGUCUUGCCUGUAUAAUAAUUCCAACGUCCUUUCCUCCAGCUAAUGAUGUAUCUCUAGAGGAUUCAGGAGUGCUGAUCAGCUUCAAGCUAUUAAAAUGCAACACUUUGUGUUUUAUCUAUUUGAGUAACCAGCCAUGUCCAACAUGUGAUUGUGAAAUUUUCACAUGUUUACUGUUCUGGCAGGCCGUGUAGUUACUUCUGUAUACAUGUACAAUUUGAGGUGUCCAUUAGAAAUGACCCUCUAGACCAUGGUAAGUUAAGUAUCUCAUCAAAUUUCUAUAUGCCCUAUAAGAGAAUAGUAUAGUACAGAUGCACUGGGUUGCUAGUAUUAGCGCAUUCACAGAUUGACUGUACACAGCUUCCUGUGAAAGAUAACACACCCAGUGGUGUUGCCUGGGCAUUUUUGUCUUCUCACAUUUUUUUUUUUUCCCCCUCCCUGUUCUGUUUCCGUUGAGUUCUGGGCUUUUUUUUUUUUUUUUUAAAUAGAGUUUUACUGCUGAAACGUAGUGGGGUGUUUACAAUCACUCGACUGAGAUCAGCUACUUGAACCCUCUGCUCAGCCCUUUUAAAUCCGUUUCUUUUGAAACAACUUGAUGUUCAUCCUCCAGCAAAAGGAUGUAGCAUUGAGAUGAUUUUAAAAAAGUUACCAGAAAGGGUUUUUUUUUUUUUUAACACAUUUACAUUUUUAUUUAGUUUUCUUUCGAAAGAAAUGAGUGCUGUAUAAAUAGAUGUGUGAGUAAAACCAGUUUGACAGCUUGUAAACUGCAGAAUGAUUGUUGCAGGCCUCUGUAAACGUGUUCACUCAGAAUUGGUGUAUAUACUCGAAUCAACCACAAUCACUUUUCACAAUGGGUUUUCAUUACAACAUCCUCUCAGCUCUGGUGUGACCCUGCACAGCAUCAUGUUUUGUUCAGUUGUUUUGAAGUCUCCCAGCAUUGAAUAAAGUCACCUGUAUAUUUUGAAAAGAUAAGAGUAGUUCUGUUGCUCAGAAAAUGACAAUCAAGACUGGAGUCUCUGUUGCUGUUUUUUCUGUUUGACUUGAUUCAGGAAAAACUUGAGACUUGAAAGAUGCUGGAAUGAAUCAAAGAAAUGUGCUACUGAAAUGUUCAAGUGACUGCUGAAGUUUGUUUGAAAAUAAAACUGCAUUUCUUUAAUUCAAAA